AUGGGCGGACCAGCAGACAUAAAUGGAGAACGGCACCCAGAAACAGAUAAUUUUCUGCCAUGUAAAUUUGUUAUUGAUGGAAUAACAUAUACAUCAGCAGAAAACUAUUUUCAAUGUGCUAAAACGACAAAUGAAACAGAUCACAAUAUGGUUUUAAAUUCAGGUUCAGGUUGCUCAGCUUGGGCAGCUGGACAAAGAAUUAGCAUUCGAUCUGAUUGGGAAUCGGUUAAAGUUGAUGAAAUGUAUAAAGGGAAUUUGGCAAAGUUUCAGCAAAAUGAGGAUUUAAGAAAUGCUCUGUUAAGUUCCGCUAACGGUUCAAUUCGUUUCACAGGUUCAACAUCAUUUUGGAAUCAUUGGAAUGGUCUUAUUUUAGAAAGAAUUCGAGCAGAAUUACGUCAAAAUAGUGAAGACGACGUUCGUCGUGGAGUUGAAAUACAUGAUAUGAUGGAUAAAUAUGCUAAACAAAACAAAAAAUAA